CACAUUUUAAUAUGUAUAUAAUAGUGUGAGUACAUAUGACCGAUUGACCUUCCAUAGUUUCCCAUAAUCCCGCGCUUGCUACGUAUUUCCGGUUAAUGACCCUUUAAACCUUAAUGGUUUUUGGGAGCGUCGGCGAAACGAGAACAAAAUGCUGGCCACCAGAGCCCUUAGCCUUGUUGGCAAACGUGCCAUUUCCACAUCAAUCUGUGUACGUGGGGGACAUGGUGUUGCCAAGGUAGACGACUACGCUCUCCCAGCCUACUUUGACAGGCGGGAGAACCCCCUCCCAGACGUCCAGUUUGUGACAGAGCUGAGUGCAGUGCAGAAGUCCUUAAAGGAGAAGGAGAAGGGCUCCUGGGCCACACUCUCCAAUGAGGAGAAGAUUGCAUUGUACCGUAUUAGCUUCAAGCAGAGCUUUGCAGAGAUGAACGAGGGCACAAAGGAGUGGAAAUCGGUUAUCGCAGGAAUGUUCUUCUUUAUUGGCAUGACAGGACUGGUUGUCCUAUGGCAGAGGAAGUUUGUGUACGGACCUGUCCCCCCCACCUUUGAGUCAGAAUGGAAAGAGAAGGAGGUGCAGAGGAUGCUGGACAUGAGGAUCAACCCAGUGGAGGGCUUCUCAGCCAAAUGGGACUAUGAGAACAAGGAAUGGAAGAAGUAAACCAACCAUCCAGAGGACCACAUUACAUACCAUGACACCAACAAAUGUACAAACAUACCAAUUACUUGUCUGUAUGUAUCUAUUGUCCACAUUACCUCAGUACGUUUUGGAAGGUCUCUUCCUCUUAAGGUUAUCAUGUAUUAUAGAGCAAAAUAAAGUUCCUGUUUACCCAA